AUGGGACUGUUAGCUUCUGUUAGCGGUGUGCUGUUGUGUGUAGUAAUUAGUGUGGUGGGCAUUGCAGGCCCUUGGGAGUUGUCUGGGGAUGAUCUGGUUUGGAGAUCUCCUUCCAGGACUGUUCCUCCAGCGGUACAGGCUCGCGGCUCAGUCUUGUCUCGGUCUUCACCCUGGGCUUGGGUGGACGUUUCCCAGCCGAGGGCUUUAUCCCUCCUGACUCCCGUGACUGUGCGUUGCCUGGAGGCUCAGGUGGUCGUAACUGUGAACAGGGACCUGUUUGGGACGGGGAGGCUCAUCCAAGCUGCGGACCUGAUCCUGGGCUCUCUUGGUUGCCAGCACACAUCCCUUGACAAUGCAGAGAAUUUGGUGGUCUUUGAAGUGGGGCUCCAUGAGUGUGGCAGCAUCUUACAGAUGACUCCAGACUCUCUUAUCUAUAGCAUAAAGCUCUACUAUAGUCCUAAUCCUGGAAGUAACUCUCAAAUCAUCAGGACCAGCCCAGCUGAAGUUCCUAUUGAAUGUCACUAUCCGAGGAAAGACAAUGUGAGCAGCAAGUCCAUCAGGCCAACGUGGAUUCCUUUCAGCUCUACCAUUUCUGCAGAAGCCAGGUUGGCCUUCUCGUUGCGUCUGAUGAAUGAUGACUGGAGUGCAGAGAGAAGCAUUAACAGGUAUCAACUGGGAGAUGCCAUGCACAUCCAGGCUGAUGUCAACACUGAGAACCAUGUGGUUCUGAGGCUCUUCGUUGACAACUGUGUGGCCACGCUGAGCCCAGACAGAGACUCUUCUCCCAGAUAUGCUAUAAUUGACUUCAAUGGAUGCCUGGUUGAUGGGAGAUCAGAUGACUCCAGUUCAGCCUUUGUGUCCCCAAGACGCAGGCAAGAUUCUCUCCAGUUCACAGUUGAUGCCUUCCAGUUUGCAGGAGAUAAUGGAGGCUUGGUCUACAUCACUUGCCACUUGAAAGUCACGGCAGCUGAUCAGCCUCUUGGUCCUCUGAACAAGGCUUGCUCUUUCAACAAAGCAAGGAACAGCUGGACUCCCAUUGAAGGUGCUGCAGACAUCUGCAGCUGCUGUGAAAGGAGGAACUGUAUGCCACCUGGAAGGAUGGAUCCCUGGUGGAGAGAGACAAGAGGACGCUUCCAGAGAGAUGCUCCUGUUAUUAAAGGUAAAGAGGCUGACGUGGUGAUAGGACCGGUUGUCCUGGGUGCCCCAAAGAGUUUGGGGCAUCUUCCUGAAAACCAAAGAACUGUGGGGGCAAUGGGAGAAGGUACCCAUGAGAUGUCUCUGUUGACAUUGGCAGGGCUGUCCAUAGCAACUGCCUUCCUAGCUUUGACAUUGGGGAUUCUGGGAUAUUUCGUUGCCUGCAAGAAAAAGAGCCGCUCCAAUUCUACUCCAAUCUCAGAGCUUUCUUGA